AUGAGUCGGAGUGCUCUGACUGUUUCAGCAAGUUUAACUGUUGGUAACCCGGAAUCCCCAGAGGAUUCCGCUGUGGUAGAAGUGUCUGUUUUCCUGGUCGCAAUAAACGUUGUCCGGGUCGACGUCUUCAGGUUCUCUUCUGAUGAUUUCGUUGAUCCCGAUAUUGAUUUGGUCAAUAAGCGUGAGGAUCUCGUUGAUGUUCCGGUGAUUUCCGUUCGAUGGGGUCCAAAAGAUGAUAAUUGCGUAUUGACUCCUCUGUUCACUUUUCUCGACGAGUUCUCUUCUAAUUCCUUCGGAAUCCACGCCUCUGGUGAUAUGCCUACGGAGAUCGGCGAUGUGUGCUGCUGGAAAAUUACUGGGUCUGCCGUCGUCCACAUCAAUGGUACUUCUUGUGUGGAGAAGGUUAAGUCCUGGGUUUCCAAUGGAGGAGACGGGGGUCUUUGGAUCAUUGAUGAAGCAAAGCCCGGGAAAAGGGAAUCCGAAUCCAUUGACGAGGUUGAAGAAGUAAUCGUGGUAUUGUUGUAG